ACUAAAAAAAAAAAAUAUUACAAAAAAAAAUAUGAAAACAUAAUUUAUAAUUCUUUCAUUAUUAAUAGUAUCUUCUAUUGCUUUAACCAAUAAGAAGCCAUUAUAAGCCCACAAAAAUAUUGAAGCUUUAAAAAAAGAUAAAUCAUGGUCUAAGAUUAUAUUGACAUUGGCUGAACUCCAUAUGAUGUCUGAAGAUAAUGCUGUUAACGAUUUAUUAGAAGCUGUUGUUUAAUUAGUUGAAGACUUAUAAGAAAAAUAAGAAAGAUAAGAUAAUUAUUUCUAAGAAAAAACUUCUUAAUAUCGCGCCGAUGUCGGUAAAUUAUAAGGAGAAAUUGAUUCUGCUAUAACUGAUGUAUCAAUUGCUACAGAAGAUCUUUAGAACAACUUAUAUCCUCGUAGAAAGAACUUAUAAGACGAUAUUGUAAGUGGUGAAUAACACUUAGCUGAAAACAAAGCUAGAUUAGAAAAAAUAAAGAAUCUCAGAGAAUAAGAAAGGGCUGCUUAUCUUGAAAGAUAAGAAGAACAUGAAUCUGCUUUAUCAGCAUUAGAUGAAGCAUUAAACUUAUUAGAAUAAUUAGCUGGUAGUUCUUUCGUUUAAGUUAAAUUUGCCAAAACAAACCUUUAAAAAAUCUAAAACAAACUCGGAAAACACCUCCACGAAACUCUUGCAAAAGCUCUCGUUUAAUUAGCAACAAGCGAAUUUGCUGAUGCUAGAUUAGUUAGAGAUGUAAUUGAAAAAUUGAGUCAAAUUUAAUAAAACAUUAAAAAAUCUUAAGCCGAUGAAAAAUAAUAAGAAUAAUUAUAAUAAAAAUAAUACGAUGAAGAAGUUUAAAGAUUAGAAUAAAAUAAUCUUGAUACUUUAACUGUUCUUAAUUCUGAUAAAUUAAGUCUUGAUGCUACUAAUUAUUCAAUUGAUGAGUAAGAAAAAUUCAAAGCAUAAAGAGAAAGUGAUUUAGCUGGAUCAUAAGCCGAUUUAUAACAUACUAAUGAAAAUUAUGAAUAAUUAUUAAAAGCUAAUGAAGAAUUAUCAGCAUAAUUAGCCUCUGAACUUAGUGCUGCUUCUGAAGCUUUAGAAAUAUUAUAAAAUGGAGAAUUCACUGAAUAUAUUAGAUAGAGAUUAAGUUCUUUCUGAAAAUAUUUUUAUAAAUGAUUCAAAGAAAUUUAUAUUAAUAUUUAUGUUUUUUAUUGAUAAUACAUAUAUAUUUUUUUAGAAUUUUAUUUCUUUUAAUU